GUGAGGAUCAUCCUGAAAUGUCUAAUGUUGAUUUUUACAUUGGUUUACUACUGAGUAAUGCUGGUCAUUAUGAAGAAAGUCAGGCAUAUCUGGAAAGUGCUCGUAGAUUACAAAACAAGUUUCAUGGAAGUCAAUCAAUUACUGUAGCCACAAUUCAUCAUCUUCUUGCCAACUCAUUGACUCACAUUAGAGCAUUUGCUGAAGCUAAGCAAAAUAAGAGAAAAGCAUACAAUAUCUAUAGGACUAAAUUUGGCCCAGAUCAUGCACGUACUGUUCAGUCUUUUAAAAAACAUGAGGUAUAUCACUGAGAAGCAAGUCUCUUAUGAGCAGACUGUAAGUGUAUUUGGCUAACUAUUGCCAAUGGUUAAUUACCAAAAUUAUCUUGUUCAUAUGUUGUCUUCAUAAAU